ACAAAAUAUUUCAAUACUAAAGCCGAGUUUGAUAAUGUACGACGCAAUCGUUUGUUACGCGCUCGCGGAAAUAUAUCGUAGAAGUACUCCAGUAAUAUAAAGUGAAAAUAAGUUGCGAUUAGCAUGCUCUCGUCAAGACAAUAGAACUUUUAUCAAGUGGCGUGUGAGGUGUUUGUGUUAGACAAAAACGAAGGAAAAACAAUGAGCGCCCCUAUCAUCAUCACCGUUCCUAACAACUACCUGGCGGUGGAGGAGAUGGACUCCAACGUGGUUUUGGACGUCUCACCUUCUCCGCCGUCCAGGAAACGGCGCCUGGACCAUCUUACGUGGGAAGAGAAAAUGCAAAGAAAGAAACUAAAGAACAGAGUGGCAGCGCAAACAUCGCGCGACAGGAAAAAGGCUAAAAUGGACGAAAUGGAGCAUCGUUUGAAGCAGUUUAUGGAUAUGAAUGAGAAGUUGAUGAGCGAGGUUGCGAGUUUAAAAGCGCUGAACGAGCGGCUUUUGAGCGAGAAUGCAGCGCUUCGCAGCGAGUCGGCGGCGCGGAGCGUCGCGGGGGCCCCAGGACCGGCAGCGUCUCCUCAGCAGAAGGAAGGGCCCCCGCCGGCGAUCCGCGCGGCGCGGCUGCUGCUGGCGAUAUGCCUGCUCUCACAGACCUCCUCGCUCACCUCGACUCCGAAGAGUACCUUGACAGCCUCCAUCAACUUGCAGACUCCUUAUUACAAGAAAUUAGCGCAAGUACUUCAGGAGCGGUUGAAGAUGUCCCAGUCCAGCAAUCUGGAGAGUGUGCUGAAAGAAAUCAAGUGGUGGGGACCGCAACAGAGCACAUGGAACCCAGUGAAAGUGCAGUCGUAGACAUGAAGCACGACGUUGACAGGAUACUGUCCCAGCACUCCUACGCACAUCCCUACACACCGGACAUCGUGGUCACAGCACCUAAAGAAACCGUACAAAUAAAAGACGAGAAUGGAAAUGACAAAGGAGACAUUUUUUAUGCCAGUUUCGAUGAGGACAAUGAAUGUGUAACCGUAGAAGUGCCGUGCGAGGAGCAAGUCACUGAAGAAACUGCUCCAGUUAAAGUAGACACUCCUAUCAAAGUUGAUACAGAGUUAUUGUCGGAUUUGAAAACGGACUUUGAUUUGAGAAUGGUUUCACCGAUGACCUUGUCACCGAACUCUAUUGAUGACAACUUGUUGCUGUCUCCCUCGCACACGAGCCUCUCUUCAGAUCUCGGUUACGAGUCACUAUCAUCUCCCCUCAGUGAACAUGACGCGAUGGACUUGUCAGAUUUUUGGUGCGAAUCAUUUUCAGAGCUGUUUCCAGACUUAGUCUAGAAAGUUCUGGAUCUCUUCUCGCCAAAGACUGACUAGUUCAUAGGUAAUUAGUUAUUCUAGUUUUAAGCUAAUGUUUGUACAGUUUUUUUAGUUUAUCUUAUUGUAUAAUAAUUUAUAGCUGUAAGUAAGUAUAGGGAUGUAAAACUUAAUUUAAUCAAAAGCACAAAAAUAAACGGUGUUCUGUCGA